AAUGAUAGAAAAUAGUGAAAUAGAAAAAGAAAGGGAGAUGGAGAAAAAAGUCAAGAAAACAACACAAAAAGAAAAGAAAAAGAGCCCGGAAAUAACAACACUGAAGACGCAGCAAGAAGAAACAACAAAGGAGGAGAAGAAAGAAGUCACAAAAGAAGAGGGAAAUAAAAAGGCGACGGAGGUAGAGACGGCAGAGGAGGAAGAAAAGAAGACGAAGAAAAGACACCAGCCAGUGAGUACUAGGAAGAAGGAAGGAAUGAAGGAUGAAAGAACUCAAGGACAUCUCUAUUUAAAGAAGAAGCGCAAAUUCAACCCUUGGAAGGAGUACUAUUUCGUGCUGGACGGUCUACUGCUCACCUACUACCGCUCGCAGCACGAUUAUGAGCGACUGAGCUGCAUGAAAGGAUCCCUAGAUAUGUCCCUGGUGGAGGAGGUGCACGCCAAGAAGCCAGGGAUAAUGAGGAUCCACCACCCCUUCUGUCUCGUUCGCAGGAACCUUCGGUCUAUUAAGCUGGCGGCGGAGACCAAGCAAGAACAGGAGCGGUGGAUGGAGGUGUUGAAGACUGCAAUCGGACCACGGAGACUCUCUUGCUACAGCUCGGACAGAACUCUAAACUCUGGCACAUCACCGACAACAUACUCGGCGAGAUCUGCAACACUUCCGAGUCGCGUCAAGGACGUAAGCACUUAUUCCUCUUCGAUUACUGAAGAAGAGGACGAUGAAGAGAAGAAAGCGAAGGAGAAAGAGGAGGAUGAGGAGAAGGAGGAGACUGAACUUAUCAAACCUAAAAAGAUUCCGAGGGUGCCCAUUGGAAUGCCUAUUUUUAAGCCAAACCUAGAUCAAGUGAAACUAAAAAAUGUGGAGAAGAAAGUAAAGAGUGAGGACGCCGAAGAAGGCAAGGCCGCAAACGUUUCAUCACCCAACUCUCCACAUGCAAGUCCCAGACAAGAGCAUCUCCUAAGAGAAGCCUUGGUUUCGGGGGUGUUCGGCGUAGUGCUUAAGAAGGCUAAGAACAAAGAGGAGGAAGAGGAGGAAGCGGAAAAGCAAGAGGAGGAAAAAGAAUCAUCUAAGGAGGCAGGUAGUGGACAUGAUGGGCCGGCGUCUCCAGGACACGCCACCAGUAGCAACAGGAGGCCUUUGAAGCAACCUGUGAUACCCCUCAACAAUAAGAAGCUUCUUGUUUUACCAGAAGUAAAGGAAUCAAAGUCUCCCAGAGUAUCGCCGGCAACACAGAAGCGAAGCACCGUAGACAGAAGGAAGUCCCCGUCACCCAGCCUUCCCAUCUCCAAGAGUGUGCAGGCCCUCACUAAAUCCGCUGAGGAGGUGAGGCCGACACAGAUGGAUACAAUAUCCUCUGCUGACACAACCACCACUAUGGAGUGGAAGAGUAAGGACGGGGAAGUUAAGGUAUGUCACGCCUACACCAGUGAGGUGAAGUACAGUGACGAGGUGGAUCUCUUGGACAUGGAGGAAGUGACAGAGAAACUGAUCAAGGAGAGAAAUAAGGGAGAUGAUGAAGGAGUAAGGGAGAAGGAUGAAACAUCGGAAAAUGAAUAUAAAGUGGUGAAUGAAGUUAGAAAAAAUGAAACAUCAGGAAAUGAAUAUACAGAGAUGAAUGAAGUUGAAAAACAGAAGCAGGAGGAAGAGGAGGGUGCGAAGACCCUUCUCGACACGGAUGUCAAAGUUGUCAAGAAUGAGAAGGAAGAUGAGGAAGAGAACAAAGAAAUGGUUGUUGCUACCUUCAAGGAAGAGGCGUUAAAUGAGAACACGUUUAGUGAAGAAUUUCUUGAUAGCUACAACACAGACAGUCACCAGGUACUGAGUAAAGAGAACCACAAAGAUGAAGAUUCAUCAACAGAGCACAAAAGUAGAGCGCCUGAAUUGUGUCAUUCUGAUACACUUCCUGAGUCCUCCAGUAUCGCCACUCUCGUCACACCCCCUGCAUCUCCAGCCUCCAGCAUGACUUCCACAAAUUCAGAACCGGGUCCUAAGUCUGCCUUAUCGUCUACAGUCUCUUCCGAAUUCUUGCCUCCUGAGUCUGAUCCUUUUUCACCUAAGGAAACUCCUCCCUCAUCAGGCAAUAGAAGGGACGUGGAAGAAAAGGUGCAUUCUACCACACAGGAAAACAAACAAAUGGCCACUGAAAAACAUGAGGAGUUUGAGACGGUGGCCUGCGACGGCCCACGUGACCGUUCUAACACUAACGAGAGUACUGCCUCCUCCUGCAUUGAGGGAGGUGAAAAGAAACCUGGUAAAUUUAAGCUUUUAAAGAACAAGCUGAAAGGUGGCUCGACGAAAGAAAAGAAAGAAGAAUCUGCCGUCCAGAGGGAGCCCAAGGAGAAGAAACGGAGAGGAAGUAGCACCUUCUCCAGUUUCUUGCAGGGGAAGAAGUCGAAAGAAAGCAGUAAGAAGGAGGAAGAGCUUCAAACAUCCCAGGUCGAGGACAUGAAUGGAUCACAAAUUGUGUCUCCUGACGAAGUGACUCCUCCGUCUGAGUCACUCGUACCUGCUAAGGCGUUGCCUGUAAUAGUAGUGCCUUCGGUGGAUGUUCAGGUGAUACCCCCUUCUGCACCUCAGCCUUAUGAAGAAGAGCCGCAGGACAAGCAAGAUGCCCUCCUUUCUGGCCUUGGAAGUGCCUGUGAUAGGAUGGUGUCCCUAAGGACGACGGUAACGUAUAGCGAAGCGAGGAGCAGCGUCCACAGCCGCACCUCCAUCGGGUCACGUGAUGAUCCGCCACCCUCCAUCCCCGAGAAGACGUACAUGCGUGCCCCAUCGCCCAACCAUGACGUGCCCAAGAACAACAGACCCGUAACUAAUCUGCAGCUCAUGGGCGCUGAGGGAGAAUGCGAUGACGAGGACGAGAGCAACCAUCGGGUGGAUGGCAUUAUUACAGAGCAACAGAUCGAGGCUCUACUUCACGCGAAGGAGAAUCAAUAUAAAAGAAAACGGUCCCUGAGUCGAAACCAACCGUUUGCUAAGCCAGAUGUAUUGAAGGACACGUCGCUUACCUCCUUGUCCAGCGAUGAAUGGACCACCAAGCGACCCUCGUACAUCUCCUGCAGCAGCAUUGAUAGUGAUGAGUCACUGCUCACCACCAACUUCCUGAGCUUUGAACAACAAUCGAGCAGCUCCAGUAGCAUCAAGGGCCUUAAUAAGGCUGAAGCAAGUUCUUCAUGUUCCCUUUCUGAAAGUGGGGACUUGCAUAGCCCUGAUGUAGAUGGGCCUGCUGAUCCCUUGCAGAGGGCUCCGCGAGCUACUGAUGGAAUUGCAACCAAGACUCGUAUUAGUCUGACCUCCCCGGAAUUCACUGUGGAGGAGGAGGAUUUAUCUAGCUCCCCAGAGACACCCAAUGUGAAACAAACACAUGACAUUAAUGUUGAAGAAGAUGCUAACAAGGAGCAACAUGGCGGCAGCGAUGAUGAGUCUGAGGCUGAGGCCGAGUGCAAAGACUUCUUCCCAGUGGUUGGUGGCGAUGUGCAAUUGCGACAGUCAACACCUCUAGAUCUCCCAACAGGCAACCUGAGAACAUCAGGCAUUGUGAGUCUGAAAGAGUAUUUGGAAGCCCAUGAAGAGAAAGAAGACUUCCAGGAUGUUAAGUCAGGCAUCAGCCGCCUAGGACACAGCGCUGCCGUUGAGAAACUCAAACAAACCACAAAUGAACAAUGAUAUUCCGCAUUGUAAUGUACAGUCAAGAUAGCCCCACUGUGUGCUCUGAAGACACACGGUUCGUCCUGUAGGACUUCCCUCUAAUUUCCUUUAUUCUGAUUAAUAUAGCUGUAUAAUGUGUAUCAACAGAGUUUGGACACCUCCCGUCAACAUGUGAAGGCAUGACCGAUGGACUCAUGAAAUCUUUACAAAAUUUAACAUACUUUUGAAACUCAGAAAAUGUUCAUAAAGAGGGAACGCUAUAGACGUGCCCAAGAGACGUGAAACAUCACUUGCUGCAUUCAAUAAUUGAUGGGUACUGGACAUAAAGAGGAUACCAGAUACAUUGGGACAAAGGACAGGAUUUUUGUAACAUUACAGACAUAAGAGUAUAUCACGGAGAUGAUUCAGGAGAACACUGGGCAGACUUUGUAGGACAUUACCAUCUACUAGAAAGAAACUGAACAUACUUAGGAGUAAUGUUUGUUUACUUAAUUAAAAUAGGGCAAUACUUGCCCACUUAGAGGACAGUGAACAUAUGUAUAGAGCAAUGCUCUGUUACUUAAAUGACACAGGAUAUGAUUUAAGGCAAUGUUCGCCCAAUUAAAAGACAGUGGACACAAUUCAUGGUAAUGUUUACCUACUUAAAAGAUACUGGACAUAAUUUAGGAAAAUCUUCACCCACUUAAUUAAAGAACACAGGGCAUAAUUCACGGUAAUAUUCACUCAUUUAGAGGACACUGGACAUAAUUUAGGGCAAUAUUCACUUGUUUAAAGGAAAAGAGGCAUGUUUAACUCUGUGUUUUCAUAUUGGAGAGGUACUGGACAUUUUGGACAUAGUUGAGAGCCAUGCUUAUUUAGUACAAGAUACAGGAACAUGCUAAGUCAUAUCAGAAUCUAGACCUAAUGAAAUAAGAUGUUUAUUUACCUUUGGAACACCAGAACUCACUUAACGAACUUUUUUUUUUUAUGUAAGAGAGGAAAGCCGGCCAAGGGCAAUAAAAAAUGUAACAAAAAAAGGCCUACUUAGCUGCCAGCCCCCUUACAGGCCUGAUAGAGAUAUCCCAAAAAACAGAGGUAUGAAAUGAUAAUACAUUUAUUUACUUUUGAAACACUAGAUUUCGUUUAGUGGAUAUGGUACCUGACUACAGAGAUGUUGGACACACCGCAAGCGACAGUAUUGAUGAAUACUAAAGCAGUCGAACGCAUACUCUCAUCUCAGUGAUUUAUUUAUUUAUUUUUUUUAUUUGUAUAUUUAGUAGUUGUUUUUAAUUUUCUUUCUCUUGUACUAAGUUAUGUACGAAAUAUAUUGCUGAUCAGCCUA